AUGUAUGCCUCAAGACUGACACCGAACUUGAGAUACAACCUCCAGUGGACUACAUUCAUAAUGAUGUUUAUUUCGCUUAUACAUAUUAACGUUGCUGACGAGAAACCUCAUUCACUGCUUUCUGGCAUCUCUCAUUAUGCUCCGUCAGAAUCUAUAUUAGGCGGGAAAAGUUUACCUACCGUAAGAAGUCCGAUGCGGUCCAGUCAACGAGCGACGGAAUUUUUGGUCUACAACUGGAAUGAUUUGACAACAUGGAGCCCAGGCAACAAAUCCUUGUCUGUGUGUGAAAAACACGUUGAGCAGACCAUCGAAGGUUAUCUAGCAAACCAGAUGUGGGCUCUGCAGGUUUUUGAUGCCUGGGCAAAGCCAGGCCCUUCACUGCUGGAGGGCCGGUCAAUAUUCGUAGGGAACUACCACCAAUGUAGAGGCAUACGAUCUCCAGAAGGGAAGACUGGAAAGAGUUUUGGGAGCAAUUACUGCGUCAUCUAUCUGACUAAUUUAACAGAUUCAAAAGUAGCAGCACUGCACGCAGUCAAGAUUGGCGUCUGUUUACCUGACACCUGUAGACAGGAAGAUAUUGAAGACCUGUUUGGAAAAAGAUUGGGGCUGAUGAAUCUGAGUUCGUUUUUGGAACCUUAUUCAGCGGAUUGUCUGUCAGACGCCAAAGAAAUGACAAUGUUCACCAAAAUUGCUUUGCUGAUAGUUCUGGUAAUAGGUACUCUAGUCAUCUCUGGUACAGCCAUUGAUCUGGCAGCUCAGUUCCGCAAGCCGGAGUCAAAAAAUCUCACACCGGAAGGUCAAGUCAAGGAACCGGAUCAAGAGAUCAAAUCACAAACUACAGGUGAGAUCCUGUCUGUCUUUCUUUAUGCCAGCUUUCCCGACUGUCUAUUUACCAAAAUGUUGGUGAAUGUUCUGCUCUCAUUCUCCGCCUACACAACCGGAAAACGUCUCUUGUCCACGUCACAGGCUCCGGGCUCAAUCACCGUCAUUCAUGGCAUGCGAUUUCUGACCAUGGCAUGGAUUAUCAUUGGCCACGUAUAUUUUCUGGCAAUUCUCGGUCGUGCAAGUAACAUAGAGGAGGGAAAGGUGUCACUUCUGCGAUACAGGAUGUUUGAUGCCAUCACCAACAUGCCGUUGGGCGUGGAUACAUUUUUUGUGAUCAGCGGAUUUCUGGUGUCCUAUCUCAACUUAAAGAAAGUCACCGAGAUGGGGUGGAAAUUUAGAUGGACACGUUAUUUCCUGCAUCGGUACUGGAGAUUGACCCCGACCUACAUGGUGGCUUUAGUGUUGGUGGAAGGGCUGCAAAGGUUCUUCGUGUCCGGCGCCACGGCGCCCACACUUCAACCUGACGAUAAAGAGGUCUGUGAAACAUACUGGUGGACCUUCCCGCUUUACAUCAACAACCUCACACCUGGUGGUGCGUGCUUUGCCCACUGCUGGAGUCUGGCUGCCGACUUUCAAUUUCACCUCCUGAGUCCGCUGAUGAUAAUGCCUUUUUAUUAUCACAAAUACGGUGGUAUCGCAAGUUGUCUCAUCUUUGCCGGGGUCCAAAUGUUUCUGUCCGGAGUUAUCGCCUACAGCUUCAAAAUGAAAAUUGGAACUCUUGAUGUACCAUCAUUGCAUCUGUACUUCACCUACGUCCCAUUCUACACAAGGGUCGGUCCUUUUGCUCUGGGUGUCCUUACCGGGUACAUCAUGUGGACUAACAACGGCCGUGUCACCAUGGACAGGAACGUUGUUGUGACUAGUUGGAUCCUUUCCACAGUAGCCGGGUUGACUGUAGUAUUUGGUGUCCAUGGUGAUUUGAGCGGGACAUAUCAGAGCAAUCUGUUAGUGGCUACCAUUUAUAAUGCAACACACCGGACCAUAUUUGGGGCUUGUAUUUGCUGGAUCAUUGUCGCCUGCACGUCUGGAUAUGGAGGACCGAUCCACACCUUCCUGUCCUGGUCACCAUUCACAGUCCUGAGCCGCUUGACCUACAGUGGCUACCUCAUGCAAAUGUCCGUGCUGACAGUCAUACUUGAGAACCUGGAGCAGCCAAUUCAUUUAAACAUGAUGUCUUUUAUAGUAUUUGGCAUCGCCGGCGUUGUGUUUACCAGCGCUGCAGGCGCCGUUCUGGUCAUGUGUGUUGAGAUGCCGACGUUAAGUCUGGAGAAAGUGCGAGACCACACACGGAAAGUGUAA